AGUGGGAGCGAAAUGAAGUCUGCAUCACUGUUUCUAUGAGCUUUGCUAUUGCCGAGUGAUGGACGCGAAAGGGAUGGGAGGAGAUGGGAUCCAACCACAUCCGGACUACAUCCCCCGUCAGCCCGCGCGCCGCCCCGCCCCGCCGGCCUUCCCGUACCUGGGAGCACAGGUUAUUGAUUCAACUUCUUUAGGCUGGGGCACCCGAGUGAAAGGCUUCGUUGCGUGUUUUGCAAUAGGAUGCCUGUGCUCGCUCUUGGGUAGUUGUCUGCUAUGGAUACCAAAGAAAGGGCUGAUUCUCUUUGCAGUGUUUUAUACUCUGGGGAAUAUUGCGUCUAUUGGGAGCACUCUUUUUCUUAUGGGACCAAUGAAACAAUUGAAAAGGAUGUUUGAGCCUACACGUUUGAUUGCUACUGUUGUUAUGCUAUUGUGCCUCAUACUAACACUGUGUUCUGCUUUUUGGUGGCAUAAGGCAGGACUCGCGCUCCUUUUCUGCAUCUUACAGUUCUUUGCCAUGGCAUGGUAUAGCAUUUCCUUCAUACCAUAUGCAAGGGAUGCUGUGAAGAAAUGUAUUUCAGUCUGUCUGUCCUAACAGGAAUACCGGAUGCUUCACAAAGUUCUAGGAAUUUCUAGGUAGAACUGUGUUAAGAUCACCGUGUUGUGUAGUUUCCUACUUCUUAAAACACGUGCCUCUCAGCUUGUUGUUAGAAGCUCCUUGUGCUACAUCCAGUGUAUGCAAUUGCUUGGGUUUGCAAGCAACGGUGUCUUGAUCACAGGGUGCUUGUGAUCAAGUGAAAUUCAGUCUAGCAGAAGAACUGGGCAGAAAUCCAAAAUUUGUUAUGAUAAUACUUAAGUAAAUUCAUGUGUUUAGUUUUGCAAAUAUUUCAAAGUAAUACACGAAGCCUGUAAAAUGAAGACCUUGGCUCUGUUGGGACUGUGGCAGUCUAGGCAGUUUCUUUUUCAAGAAAAAGAAAUUUCUUUUUCAAGAAAGAAAAAUUUCCUUUUCAAGAAAAAGAAAUCAAUUGCAAAUUGAUUUCUUACUGACAACUUGGGGUUUUUUUUAAAUAGCCUUAUGUCCCUAAUCUUUGCCCUGUUUGUCUUGGAUAAUGGAAUAUUGGUGUUCUUUCUUUUCCCGUCUAUUUGGCAAAAUUUUAGGUUUAUGAGACUUCUAAAAGAUUUAAUUAUAAACUCAGAGACAGUUUGGGACUAACCAUGAAAUGUUUGCAUCUUUAAUGAAGCAUUUAAUUUUCAGUCUAUAUGGAUGGUGUUUCCUUAAAAUAUGUGAAAGGGAUAUUUUCAUCUGUAAAAACUUGUUCCUGUAGAAAAUGCACUUGUAAAAUAAGGUUAAUUGAUUUUUUCAGUUGCUGGGAACCCGAGUCCUUUGCCUUGCUUACAACUAAUGGCAAUAUAUACAAGGUGGGAAACUGCAAUUUUUCACACAAAGCAAGGUGCUUCUCUUCUCCCUCAGCUGUGGCAUAGAAGCAGUGCAAAGCUGAGGGCCUGAUAGGCAAGCAGAGAGAGAAUUUAUUGAUGUCCUUCCUCAAAGGACAAACUGUGAUAAGGUGGAUAUGGGCUGUUGUUUAAGCAACUUGGGCCGGGGAGAAUACAUUUUCUUCUGAAAGGAAAUAAGUUAAAACUCCAACAUUUCUUUUUUUGUAAGUGGGAUCAGUUUUGUUUCUCCUAAAACUCUGGCACAUACUAGUGAACUUCCUCUGCUUUGAGGAGAAAGUACAGUUUUCUAUUACCUGUCUUAGCAAAGAAAGUGUGUAACAGUCUAGCUGCCAGCUCCUAACAAAUGUUGAGCAGUCAGUAUCCAAAUUCCAAGGCCACUCUCUUUAUCUUCUGAGCUACAUAUAAUCAUUUACUCCCAAACCAUUACAGUGGUCAGUUGUUUAAUAUCUUAGCACAUAGUCCUGCUUCUGCUCUGUGAGGUACUGUUUAACUGCUGUCACCUUUCCUCUGACCGAACUGUCUUGCUGGAGUCAGUGUUUAAGAUUAUGAUUAUCCAGUGGACUCUGGUAGGAACUGAAGCCUCUCUUGCUCCAUCUACCAAGAGUUUAGUCAUUUGGGAGCAUCAUGUUUGCAUAGCAAGUAUGUCCCUGACUUAUACCACAAAGAUUUUAGUGUAGGAAAAAACCUAGAUCUACUUGGCAAUAAAUUAUAAGCCCACAGUGAAGACAAAUAAAUCUGUGGCUUCCAGAAAGUUACUAAAAUAUUGAGUUAUUCCAAAAUCUUAAACUUAAUUGUCCUUCUGGUAAUUUAUAAAGCACAGUACCGUCCAGCUGUUUAGAUUCUCUAAAAAAAAUAAAUAAAGGAUUUCCUUUUGCAGAUAGUAUGAAAGGGAAAUUUUAACAACCUUUCUGUGAAUUCCAGCUGGCCAGAAUUACUGUUACAAAGGCAUUUGAAUGGAAAAUAUCACUUUGAAAACAUGGCACUGAUGUUGGGAUAAAUUAAUUAUAAAGGUUCAAGUGCUAGGUCCUAGUGCUUUUUUUCUCCCCCAGGACUUGGAAGUUAGUGUUGAAAAAACUAUGUUGACUAUUACUCUUCUGGAAAAGUAGAACUGGUUAAAUGCGCAAGGGAGACUGGGAAAUAAAGAAAACUGAUAUUUCUUUUCCCUGACUAAUCUAAGACAAGUAUCUAAACUGAUGUGUUUUGUCAGGGAGUAAGUUCAAAACCUGAUUUACAUCUGUCAAAGGACAUGUGUUAGUCUUUUCUUAGAACUUUGAUAAUGUUUACAGAAUUCCUUUGUAUAGAGGAAAUUGAAAUGCAACCCUAAUGCCUUUUACAUUCCAAUCUUUCUUUAAUUUUUGGGUGUUCCUGAAAAAAGCUACAAGUAUAGUACACAUUGUGUCUGCUUUCCUUUUCCAGUAAAGUUAUGUUAAUUGGGAUCAUCAGUCCAGGUUCAUCAGCAGCCAAGAUAAUGGAACUUGACUUCUGGUGUUCUUUUUUUUGAUUACUUCACAUUAGAAGGAGUAAAAGCCUUUUGCUUAUUCCUUGGCUAGCUUGGGUAGGAUUGUGGUAGCCUGAGUCUCUAGCAGUUCCUCUAGAAGAACAGUAGAUUUGGGUGUGCUGAAUGUUAUUUUUUCAACUUGCAUAUUGGCUAACUGGAACCUUUGAGGUGACUGUUGUGAAUACAGCCACUUAGAAGUAGAAAAUUUAUGAAACUACCAAUAGAUAGCAGGUAAGCUUAAAUUAAUUUUUUCUUUCUUUCUUUCCCCCAUCCUAUCAUUUUUAAAAUUGUAAUUCCAGCUCCACAGCCUUUAUUGAAUAAGAGAGAAGAACAAAUCUUUAUUUGACUGCAUAGCACAUGAGGCUAAGCAAUUGUGCCCUUAAAGGAAGGAAACCCAAGGAGAGAUGGCAAAGUCACAAGGAUCACCAGAGUGCCACUAGGGUUUUGGUUGCCCUUUGGUGUUGUGCUCUGUUCCUGUGAAGGUCAGAUAGUAGCAUAAAUUUGCUGUAUUCUUGCCAAUAUGUGAAACAUACUCAGGGUUUGUUGCUUCAUCUACAAGCAGUUUUGAUUUAAAAUAGCUCUAUCAGAUCAAAACUCUUUAGAUUCUUAUUCAUUUAUAAGUAGUUGUGUUCAGGCUGUUGCCAAGUUUAACAGCAAAAGAAAUUUCCAUUUUAUUGAAGUACUUUUUUUUAUAUGAUUUUUACAUAACCAUGGAGUAAACUAGUAUAUGAAUGUUCCCUUUUGACUAGUUUUCAAUCUAACUUUGAUUAUACCAUUAAAGCUGGUUUUGGUUUGUUUUUUUUUUUUUGUCUUUAAAACUACUUUGUGUUAAGUUUUAAUAUCAUCAGCUUUGGUUAUCAGCUUGGCAGGAAGCAUGGUGGGCAUUUCUGAGGCUUUCUAUCUUAAUGUUGUUCAAGGCAAGAAUAUUUGUUGUUUACAGUCCACUGCAGAUAGAGAUGUUUGUGGUUGAAAUCACAAGGCUCCUUCCUUCCCAAAGUCCUUGCUCAGUUGCCUACAGCACUUAACUCAAGGCUGACUUCCCUAAAGAAACUUGUAUGAGGUUGGGUGCCUAUCCCAGUAGGAUUUGGUGUUCUACCAGAAAGUGCUUUUUGCCUAGCCUCACUGUUGGUCGCCUUGUCCACUUUUUUUAGUUUUUGCAGUCCAGAUAUCAUAACCUCAACCAAGCAGCCUUAGCAUACAGUUCUAGCAAGAAAUGUGUUUAUCUGGGAUCAGCUGACUUUCCAGCUAUUGUAGAAGUGGAAAUGGGAAGGGUGGUGGUGAUCUGUUCCCAAAGUACUGAGACUCUAUACAUUGAAAUGUGGGAAUUUUUUUUCACUACUUCAAGGUUUUGCUCUGUUUUAUGUCAUGAAGUCCAUUGUGAAUGCUGGUACUAUCUGAGAUGAUUAGACACUGAUGAGGUGAACAACUUCAUCUCAUUUAGUAUUUACAGUAAUGAGAUUGUUCAUGAGCUGUUACAAAAAAGCAAGAAAUAUUUUCUCCACCAAGUUGAAAGUCUUUUCAGAAAUCAUGUUUUAAAAAAGAAAGUGUGUUAGGCUCUGUAGGUGAAUAUGCAAAUUUGAGGGAGGCUGCAGACUACUAUGGGAUGGCUUCCAGCUAGGAACAGGAUGAUGGGCUUGAAUCUAUCGUAACCUGUGGGUGGAUGCAGCUGGUGGAGGCAGCAAUGCCUUUAGAGGCUCAUGGCACUGUCCCUUACGAGUGGUCAGAAAUACGUGUUCUGAGAACUGCCUGUGGAGCAGUGUGGGUGCUUGAAGCUCGUCCCCUCUUGCUGUGUGCUCAGAGAUUGAAAGAGCCUCGGAACUUCUGAGAACACUGUCUUGCUUAAUUUUGGUACUUAAUCAUGUUCAUGAAGGUAAGAUCACUGUGCUAUUGUAGACUGUCAAAACUGAGGAGGAUGUUUAAACACAUUUGUCUUAAUGCUGAUGUUUACAACCACAGCAAAUGCUAACCAUGUUGGAAGGAAAGCACAGAAAUGGUGUAUUUUCUUAAAACCACGUGCCUUGCUGUGAUGUGACCACUAAAUUUUUCUAACAGCUGUGGAAUUGUUUUGUAAAAUAAAAACCAAACUCAGAAAUUCCCCACGUUAUUUUAUACUGUUACCGAUUCUGUUUGCUACUGUCCUUUUUCUGUGUAUUUACACUGUUCUAUUUCUACUUUGAUAAAUACCUUUUUCCCUAAUGUACAGCUUUCUCUGUAAUGAAGUGAAAUCUUUGCAAGUGCUGGUUUUUUCCUUCAAUAAAGUUUUCAUUGCAUUAAGUGAA